AGGUGUUGGUGGUGGCGGUGGUGAUGGGAUUGGGCAACUUCACUCAGAGUUAACUGUUCGUUGUGAACAGCAGGACUGCCGCUACACCACAGAGCUGCAGAUAAAAAAAAAAAACAAUACGAGUCGCAGCUGCAGCUCCUGGAGAUCAGAGGCAGGUUUACCAAACAGCUGGACUGGACUGCUGAUCCCUCUGAGCAGAGGAACAAGAGGUGAACAACCUGAAGAUGUUGGUUCUGAGGACAUUUGUUCUGCUGGGACUCAGCUGGACAUGUCAAGCUGCGUCUGGUGAUCCGUGGGGUCAGUGUCCAGUCAACAGAAAGUGUAAGGACAAGUUUGGAGACGGGUCAUGUGACCGAGGGUGUAUGGAGCCCGAGUGCCUCAGAGACGGCUUCGACUGCCUGAAGGACCGGGGCCACUGCAAUCCGGGCCACAUCCAGUAUUGCCGCGAUCACUACGCCAACUCCCACUGCGAGCAGGGAUGUGACAGCGCCCCCUGUGGAUGGGAUGGCAGCGACUGCUUCACACACCAGAGCACCCUGUGGGCUAAAGGCACCCUGGUCCUUCAUGCCAACUUCCCACAACAACGUGGCGCCUUUUUCAACAGCUCCCUGCUCUGGGCGCUCAGUAUCGUCCUCCAGUCACCACUCAAACUAAGAGGGUCCGCCCCCCUCGCCACUAACAGGAACUUGUUUGACUUCGACCCUCAGCAGCUCGCCAACCUGCUGGCUCAGGCAUCUGUAGCUGACUCAAAUGGCUCCCUCCUUUUCCUCCAAGUGGACAACAGGCCAUGCUCCCGUCUGCCCUCUACCUGUUUCCCUUAUGCCACAGAGGCAGCCAGUUUCCUGCGUGCCGUAAUGUUGCUAAAGUCUGGCUUGUUCCCUACCCUGCCAGAGCUGAAGGCCGUCAUCAGUAUUAGAGGUGUCCGAGAGGAAAUAGGAAGCAGAGAGGAGGAUACGGUGAAAGAGGAAGUCAAAGAGCCGACCCCUGCAUGGCUAUGGGCGGUGAUUGCUGUAGCAAUUGGCCUGCUGCUGGUGCUGGCCCUGGUGGUGUUCCUGGUGGUGAGGAGGGUGAGGCAGCAGCGAGCGGAGAGGGAAGGUGGUAACAGGGUGAGACACCGGUCCACGGUCACAGACAAUGACCCCAAACCCAAGUCCUUGAUACCGCACGCAGCCCACCAAGAGCAGAGGGUCAGAUCCAGCAGAGAGAAAGAGAAGAUCGGCUUGAGGAAAAAGAAGAAGGUGAAGGAAGCAGAGAAGAAAAGAAGGAGGGAACCACUGGGAGAGGAUGCCAUUCGAAUGCGACCUCUCCAAAGGAACCAGGAUAUAGGAAGUGACACAGACUUUACCCAGAGUUCAAUGGAAGACAUCAACGCGAGAUGCUCCAGGCGACAGGAGGACACCUCCAUCUGUGACCACAGGAGCCAGGAGCAGAAACACUACCGGGCUGGAACCUCGCAGCCCUGCAGACCCGUACAACCACCACCUAGAGGAUGGGAAAGAAACGCCAUUCCUCCUCCUCUGCUCAGUCCUCCUCAGCAGUCGGCAGAGUGGUGUGGCCCGGAUGGCUCUGUGGUUCUGAUCCGAGCGGUGCGUAGCGGGCUGGACAGAGUGGUCUUGGAGCUGCUGCGAGCAGGAGUGCCGGUCAACAACACUGAUCAUACCGGGAGAUCAGCCCUGCACUGGGCAUGCUCAGUAAACCACCUCUCCCUAACAAGGACCCUCAUUCGCUACGGGUCCGCUGUGGACCUGCAAGACAACAAGGGCGAGACAGCGCUCUUCCUCUCAGCCAUCCAUGGUUGCUAUGAUACCGCCAGACUCCUCCUCCUGCAUGGUGCCAACCUCGAGCUGCACGAUCGGAGAGGACGUCGUCCUAUCGACGUGGCCAGAGAGGGCAUUCAUCACCAGGUCCUGGAACUCCUAUUGGCUCACCAAAUUCAGAGAGGGCCUGUUCCCGUCGAAUCGGCCAAUGACAUGCUGUGGGAGGAGCGCGCUCUGAUGUACUCGCCGUGGGUCGGAUCACAAGGCGUACCUGGAAGAAGUGCCUCCUUCUCUGGAAUCAUAGGGCAUCGAGAUAUGACGCCACCUCCACAAAAUGAUUGGUCGAUGAGCCGGGUGCAGUACCCCUCCCCUCAGAACUGGCGACCACAGCUCAACCAAUCAGCAACAGCGCUGGUCCCUCCAAGAAUCAUGGGCCGCUCCCCUCGGCCAAUCAGCACCUUACAGGAGGUGACCUCAGAAGACGAGGAUCGUGAUAGGCAUCAGGAAGUCCCCAGAGCUGCGACGCCUCACUUCAUGUCACCCCAGCCUGCCCCUCGGCAGCGUUCCUUUUCCUGCACCCAGCAUGCAUUGCAGCGUCGCUCCAGUGGCCACCAGCCAGAGCCCAAUUAUGUUAUUGUGACAGACAGAACAGCCAAUGAGCCCAUAGAAAGAGUGGUUGUUUCACUUCCCACAGAUGCUUACGCCCAAUCAGAUCGUCAUCCAGUGGUAAACGGUGACAAUCCCAGAAGAGCAGAGCAAGCAGCGGCAAAUUCGACAAAUUCAGAGCAGAAAUCCCGAGGUGAGAGGUUAAACAACACUCCUGACUCCACACAAACAGCCUUGUAGAGACACCAACAACAACACUUCAGCUGCCUUUUACUCAGUCCAUAAGAAUAGCAUCGAAGAACACAUGAGAUAAGGACUUACAAUGAAGCACUGAGUUUAGUAGUUUGGUGAAGUUUGUUGUUAAGGCCGAUGCAAACCAGAAGGCUUGCAAGGAGUCUUAAAUCUGGAGGGAAUCCGUUUACUGUGAUUUGGGGAUUUUAUUAUCCAAUAUGCAUCUGUUUGGAGUCGGGAACAGAUUUGCUUGUUAUUAUUUGUUUUUCCUGUCAAACUAAUUCACAGCAGCACUUAUCAAAUCACCUGCCCAGUUUUCACUCAACCUUGCCUAAAUUAUUAUCAUUAUUGUUAUUAUUGUCAUUAUUAUUUUGUUUGUUUGUUGUUGUAAAUGUUCUGUUAUAUGACACAAUAUCUGUGACACGUGUGAUGACUCUCACUGAAGCUGCGAUAUCUUGUGAAUAUUGUAAUAUAUUCAUAUUUUCUUGACAUCUAAUAGGUUGUAUUCUGAUUUGAUUGAAACAAUCUAAGACACUUUUUUAAAAAGGAAUAUGUGCAUGGUUGCACAAAGAUGUCAGAAUCCCACUGAUGCAUGCAAUAAAGUGACUUUUCAUGCAAAUCACAUCAAUUUUCUAUUUUAUUUCCAAAUUCACUUGCUUCAUAGUCGGCGCGAGCGUUAGCUCAAUUUGACUGCUCGUCUUUAAUUACAAAAGCAAUGUUCAAUGAUCAUC